GGAUAAAAGUCCACAUUCGGCUCUGCUCGGCACGCACAUGGCCACGCCAGCGAGCCCAGCUCACACGUCCUGAUAUCGAUGACGAGCGAACCCAGGCGAAGAUGAACACCACCGAGAGGUUCCACCUUCCCGCUGAUGGCGUCCUCGAAAUGUUCAACGCCCUCAGCGGGCAUCCUCACCCGUCACGCCCGGCCCUCAGCCCCGGGGUCCAGCAGAAGCACCCAAAGAUGUCAAAGACGGGCAUGGGUCUCCUGGAGACAGUCAAAGGGCAAUGGAGGCAGCAGGACAAGAGAGGAGCGCGGGAGGAGGGCUCCGUCGCCGGCGAGGCACGGAGAUGCGCCGACGUGCCGGCUGCCGUCAAAGCCAGGAACUGUCACAGAAUUGUGGUGCUGGGCGCACCCGGGGUGGGCAAGACCAACAUGGUCAGACGCUUCCUGGGGGAAGAAUUCCAAGAGAAGUACGAGGCCACGGCCGAGGACUUUCACAGGAAGCUGUUCCACGUCGGCGCCGAGACGUACCAGGUGGAUCUCCUGGACGCCGCCAGGGAGAGAAACUUCCCGGCAAAACGGAGGCUUUCCAUACUCACAGGUGACAUCUUCCUGCUCGUCUUCAGUUUGGACAAGAAAGAGUCUUUCAGUGAAGUUUGUGAGCUGCUCAGUGAGAUCAGAGUCGCCAGGACAAAGUUGCUCAAGUCCAAACGUCCGCCGAGAUUGCCGGUCGUGGUUUGCGGCAACAAAGCGGACCUCGACGCUCAGAGAGUCGUCAGCCGCUCCGAUGUCACCGAGGCCUUGGCCCGGGACGUAGCCUUCUUCGAAACCUCGGCCAAGCGCGGCACGGCGCUGGAGGCCGUGUUCCGGGAGCUGGCCGUCAUGGGCGGCCUUCCCGACGCGACCGCGCCGUCGCGCCAUCGGCUGGUCUCCAUGGUGACCUACCAGUCGCUGUGCCAGCGCGGCCGCGGGCGGAGCCGCACGCCGGGGGAGGCCGCGCCCUGCGCCGCCGUCGACCCCUUGGCGCGGCGGCCCAGCUUCGGCAGCGACCUGCGGCUGGUGCUUGGAUCAAGCGCCAAAGCCAACAAACCCGAGAGGUGUCAGAUUCAAUGAAUCGCGAGCCCUCUCCACAGAAACCAAUUGUGGUAGUAUGCUACAAUGUUGCAUUAUGUAAGGAGUUAUACUCUAUAUAGCACUUGGCCGGACCAGUGCAUUCCUACUUUUUGUAUAUACUCUAUCAUGGUCACUUUAAAAUCUGUUCUUCUUCAACAGAAAUGUUUAAUAUC